CCUGCCCCUCCUCAACGUGGACGUACAACCCUCACACACACCCUCACACAGGGGUGCUAAUGAGGGGGUUCGUGAGUCGGGGCCGGGUGUGGUGGGGGUUCCGUGCUCCCCCCGUACUGAGCGACCCGCGGGCACAUGCUGGACGAGGAGGUACUGACGGGAGACGGGGCGGCGCGGUGGAGCAGCACGUUGGCGUGGGUGCGGGGGCGCGGGGAGGUUCGGGGGCCACACCGAUCCACGCUGCCCUACCUCAGCCCCCUGGUCCUGCGCAAGGAGGUGGAGAGUUUGCUGGAGAACGAGGGCGAGGCUGUACUGGGCCAGACCGAGCUGCUGCUCCUUCACCCCGUCCUGUACUGGAACCUGCUCUGGUACUUCCAGCGGCUCCAACUGCCCCACCAGCUGCUGCCCCUCCUGCUGGCUGCCCGCCAUGGGGGCACGCUCACACAGGAGCCCGUGGCCUUGGCGUGUGGCAGUAACACGCCUCUGCGUGUCCGUGUGCUGUGGGACGCACUGAGCAUCGAGCCCGACUCCCGGCCCCCCCUAUACGUGCUGUGGAGGAUGUACAGUGAGUCCCCCUCGCCCCACCGUCUGGGGUGCAGGAUGGGCCGGCUGCCGGCUCGGUGCUGGCGGUCGGUGCCACCACUGACGCUGGGGUUCCUGGAGGAGGUGGUGGCUCAUGUCGGCCUCAACGAGGUUCACAAGGCCAUCGUCCUGGUGCUCGACUCCCCCGCCACACGGCCACGGCGGUCGUUUGACAAGAAGUACCACUCAGCGUGUGGCCGGCUGGCAUCGUCGCUGAGCGCGGAGCAGCUGCGACAGGAGCGUGUCCCCCCUCCCAGCGCCAAGGCCAUCGACUGCCGCAAGACCUUCGGGGCUCUGCUCGAAUGCUGA